AUGCGGCUGACACAAGUUGCCUCGCUUGGAAUUGCGUGCAGAAUAUUUGCUAGCACGCUUGCACAUGUGAAACUAGUUAGCCCCGUGCCUUACGGCAUUUCCACGCUCAAUAAUGCUCCACUAGAUGGCACAGGUAGUGAUUUCCCAUGCAAGCUUCGACCGGGCGUGUACGAUGUGACGCAGAUGAACAGUUGGACGGCUGGUGAAGCGCAAAAAAUCCGCUUUGUGGGCUCUGCAGUUCAUGGGGGUGGAUCCUGCCAAUUCUCGUUGUCUGAAGAUCUGCAGCCCACCAAGGACAGCCAGUGGAAGGUAAUACAUAGCGUGGUUGGGGGGUGUCCAGCUACCGCAGAGGGGAAUUUGUUAGGAGGUCCUGCGAGCCCCAUCCCGGACACAUUUGAGGUCGUGCUCCCAAAAGAGCUGCCCAGUGGUACCUAUACUUUUGCUUGGACCUGGUUCAACAAGAAAGGCAACCGCGAAAUUUACAUGAACUGUGCUCCAAUUAGCGUCCGCGGCGGAGGAACCGACCCUGGAUUUCUGGCGUCCCUUCCCGACAUGUUUGUCGCUAACUUACCAAGCUCAGCGUGUUCAACCAUUGAGAACUUUGACUUCGCGUUCCCAGAUCCUGGAAGCGCUGUACAGACCGGGAGUCAGGCACGACCUACCACGGGGCUUCUCGGUUCCGGGUGUGCUUCCAUGACUGCGUUCGGUGGCGAGCUGCAGACGCCUCGCCCAGCAGAUGCAUUAUCUAACAACUCGCCCAGCCAGGCAAGCGCGCUCACAGUUUUGCACGAACAGCCGACGUAUUCAGCUUCUGAGACCGCAUCUCUGAACUGGUUCAGCCGUGCACCAGUUAAAGCUCUCGCUGCUGGAGGGAUGCCAGCUUCCGAAGCCAAGGCUUUCGUUGCUCAAGCUACCCAGGCGUUGGCUUCCCAAGGGUCAACGCCACCCACAGAUGUACCAGAAAGCCUACCAGCUGCAUCUCAGACCUGCAUUCCAUGUAGUCCAGCGAACGAGGUCGUGUGUAUAGGCAGCUACCAUUACGGCCUUUGCGAUCACGGCUGCGCGCGUUCCCAGUUACUAGCACCAGGAACGGUCUGUGCAGAUGGGCAGAUCUUGAAGCGUAUGUUGUGA